CCCCCCUCCCCCUCCCCCACAUCCAUACGUUACCACCCACCAUCCUCAACCCUUGCAGUCAUGCCGCCUGCUAAUGCUCCGGGAAGAUCACGCCUAUCGAAACUCUACCACCGACUCACCUUUGCGCUCGGAUUAGGAGUCACGCUAUGGGUCAUCCUGGGGUACAUUGGCACGAGAAUGAGACGGGCGAGGAUCGAGUUGGUUCAGGGUCGACAACGAGCAGAUAGGGUCAAACAACACUUUACGUCGACAAUGUCCAAUAUCACGUUCACCAUCUACGCUCUCCUACCUACGCUUUCCUCCCAGCUCCUGGAAAGUCUCGAUAUAGAAUCCCUGACUGAAGAGCUACAAAACCUCGCUGCUGCGGGAAAGCACACGAAUAUCAAUGACGACAAACCCACGCCGGGUACUAGCGUACCGACGGAUUCAGAGGGCAUGACGAGCGGGGCAUCGAGUACGACCUUGGAGAGCGAUUUCCAGUCACACGAGAGGGCAGACGAAGUAGCAUCCGGACGGCCAACAGGUCUGGGGAUGGGAUCGACGGGGAUGGGAGCGGGCAUAGGAGCUAGCUGGGCUAGCGAGUUUGUCAACUCGAACCCGUCUUCCUCCUCGAGAGGCGUUUCGACCGAUGUCUCCGUCUCAGGGGGUGAAGAACAUGGGGAUCUUCUCAAUCAAGACCAUGAUCGCCAUCACAUUCAAAACGAUCCUCAUCAGCCCUUCAAUACCCCAGGAUCGCACAUGGAAACAUCACACUCUGACUUGGAAUUGGAGACAGCUACGGAUAUGUCGACGUCGAUGAGCAACAUCACCUCUGAUCCAGAUCCUUCGCCCGAUUCCCAAUCCGGAACCGGCUCGCCAAAUCGAGAUCGAUCCAGACGAGGAACAGGAAGAGAGGCGGAAGGUGAUGACGGCGACGUCGAAGGUGGAAGUAACACCUUUGAUGGACCUAGGUCACCCGAGUCGAGGUAUCUGAGGAGUCCUAGUCGGAGCCCGAGGCGGUCCAGACGUGCAUUGCCUAGUCGGGGGACUGGGGCGGGUUCCGCUUUUGCGGGUACGACGGCUGUGGAUCAACAUUCUCAGCGAUACCACGAAAUCGGCACACAAAGGGGAGGCGAUCAAGGGUCUUCUGCUUCGUAUGCCGAAGUCGUCCAAUCUGGACCUGCAGAUAUCACUGUCACCCGAGACGAAGAGAGAGCAAAAACAGAGAAGGUUGAAUCCCAGCCAGGGAGGACCAAGGCGCAAUUGUGGACCGAAAUCAAGAUCCAGGCUAUCACUAGAACCGUGAUGACGUUUUACCUUGUCCCCCUCUUGACGAUCCAGACGACGUCACAGUUGACCCUCUUGGCUCGGUUACAUCACCUGCGGAACUUGGCAGAUGCUCAAUCCGCCUCGACGCGCUCUCCGAAAGGUUCACGCGCACUCGGCGAAGAUGAUGAGCACCCUACGUCACCGGUCAGAUCGCGGUCGGGGAUGAGAAAAGCAGCGAGCGAAGUCAUCCAGCUCUUGACCCCCUGGCGAUACUUUUCACUGGAGUCGAUGGGCCUGGACGAAUAUACUACGGAGACUGAGCAGCCAGGCGGAUUUAGCUCUGGCCUCUGGUCGAUUGGAACGUCGACCGCUUCAUACCUCUCGGGAGCGUCGAAAUCUUUCGCUUCCCCUGCCGAUUCGGCAGCCACCGUGACGCCGUUACAUGCUAGGCUCGACGUCGAAACUGAGAGAAAGUUCCUAUGUUUCAGCUGGUGGCUUUUGCACGUCGGUUGGAGGGAGCUUGAGGAACAGGUCCGGAGUGCUGUGGUCGACGUCUUCAAACCGGUCGGUUUGAAAAGAGAGCUGGCCGUAUAUGACUGGUUACGCUUGUUGGAUGAAGUAAAAUUCAAAGUCGACGGGACGGUAGGCCAAGGCUUUCACGAUCUCUUGUGCCCUCCAGCAGACCCCGCCGAGUUUGAACGCCUACUCUCCAAGCAUGGCCUUCAGCACGCUUGCCCCAUCCCUAUGCCCCCCUAUCAUGGCCCGCUGGCCGAGCUGCUGGAUCAGACGUCGGGACAUGCGCGUUCAGCCGAUUUCACCUAUCUCCUCUCUACGUGUUACGACCGGAUGAAGAGGACUUGUCUGGACCAUUUCGCCUCGCAGGUCUACGAUGAGAUCGUCUUGCUAGAAUCGUUGGACGAUGGCCUGUACUCGCAUGAUAAUGCAGCACGGGUCGAAUCACUCAAGUCGAAGCGUCUCGUCGAGUGUUUGCCAUUCCUGACUGAUUGGAGUCGGAGCGUUUGGGCCAAAGUUCCCGAUGAAGCCGUAGAGCGUACAUUGGGUUUGCCUGAGGUGGAAGGCUUCGCCACCCUGAUCUAUGCGGACUUUGCAAGUGGUAUAUGAGCCUCGUCACGGUUUUGUCACCAAGCCGCCGAGCUAGGUCGGACCCAAGUUGUAUACCCUUCAGCAUCGCCUAGAUUUGCACGUGGCCGAACCCCUACAGCUGCAUCGAUCAUAGCGAUGCUAAUAUGCUCAUAGCGAACUUGAAGCCCUCUGACCUUGUAGCGGGGAGAGGGACGGAUAGUUGUGGGUAUAGGAUACAAUUAUUCUGAAAUCGGCUACUUUGCA